GUCCACUAGCAACUGGAUGCAGGGGCAAUGGCAUUUUUAACACCCCAGGGAGUGAAAGAAGUCUUCCAACUUCAGAAACCAGAAGGUCGGGAGCACCUCCGGAGACUGCUGAACUGGGAAAAGUUUGACGAAGUGAGAGACUCCCGCAGAAGCAUCCUGCUGGAUACCCUCUACGAGAGCAUCAUCUUUGCCGUGGGCAAAGGCUUCCCAUGGGUGGAGGUGGUCAAGGUGGUCAAGUUCACCGAAGAGCUGCUCAAGGAAACCAAAGGCUGCUCCCUCACCGAGGCCAUUACCAUCCUGAGGAAUAAGCUUAGCGAUUACCAGGGGCAGUUCAACACCACCCAUCUGCUGGCCCUCUGCGACUACUUCUACAACACCUUCAUCCGCCACUACAGACUCUACCAAUAUGUCCUGGACCAGGACCAAGAAGUCAACCUGACCGUCAACCACGUGGAGGUGUGUGUGCCGCCCCAGCCCCUCCCGCUGGCUGAGGGCAAGGACAGGGACCUGUGGAAGCUUGAGCAGCAGUUGGCUGAGCUCACUAUGGCUGAGGUGCAGAAGCGCACCAACGUGCUGCUCCUGAAGGAGGCGCUGCACCUGGAGCAGGAGCACAUGCUGCAGAAGAAGUUCUCGGAGAUGACUGUGCAGCAGAGACAGGUUCUGAAGAGAGAGGAGUUGGAAAAGCUCAUCAAUGAGGCCAUUCAUAUCCAGAUCAAGUGCCUGAAAGAGCUGCUUCAGUAUGAGAUACAGACAACUUUUGAUAUUUUGGACCUGAAACUUCAGAAGAAGACUUUAAAUCUCAAUGCUCCUAUCCCUUUUCCACUCUCCAUCAGUGGCCAGCCAGGCCAAGACGAAUCUCUCAAGAUCAACAAAGCACGCAAAGCAAAGAAAGCAAAAGGCAAGAAGCUAUCUAAAGACUGAUUGAGGCAGAAUCAUUGACGAUUAUGGAAGUAUUAUGCGAUAUACUCAGUACCCAAUAGGUCAGUGAUUUCUAGUGAUUAAAAGAAAUGAAACAACA